GAACGCAUAAUAAGCGUCUCGAGAUUCGAAGCUACGACAAAGCGAAACAGUGACGAGAGAGAGAGAGCGAAGAGAAGGGAAAGAUUAAGCAAGCGAUGGGUGUGGAGAAGCAAGUCAUCAGACCCGGCACCGGUCCCAAACCCGCUCCGGGCCAAACCGUCACCGUCCAUUGCACCGGAUUUGGGAAAGGUGGUGAUUUAUCCCAGAAGUUCUGGAGUACAAAGGACGCUGGGCAAAAACCUUUCUCGUUCCAAAUCGGUAAAGGUGCUGUGAUCAAAGGAUGGGAUGAAGGCGUUAUUGGAAUGCAAAUUGGAGAGGUUGCUCGCUUGCGGUGCUCACCGGAUUACGCAUAUGGCGCUGGUGGAUUUCCGGCAUGGGGAAUCCAGCCAAACUCGGUUCUCGACUUUGAAAUCGAAGUAUUGAGCGUGCAGUGAUGAUCUCUCCAGCUCCAAAACUGUGAGAAAAUUAUUAAUCUAUAAACCACAAAACUUGAAUGUUAAAUUACCAAGUGGUAGUAUCUUUAUUGCUUCUGGGAUCUUAAUGAAACAAACUUUGUGAUGUCACUUGUCAGUGCUUUUUUAAACUCUUUGGACAACGUUUUAUCUAAAUAAAAGACUCGUCUCUUGUUUUCAAUCCGAAUGUAUGUUUUCUUGCAGUUAUUAUGAUAUUAUUGUUGUGAUA